AUGUGGCUGUGGCUUUGGUUACUGCCCUGGAUCUCGGCAAAGACGAAAAUUGACCUGGAGAAGGGAGAAGAUGGCGCUGGAAAGUGGAUAAAGGCGUCAACAGAAGAAGGUCUGCAAAAGGGAACAAUCCUCUUCAGUCUGACAGACGCUUUCCGCUGGUCUGGUGCUCCGCGCCAAUUUUCAAUUCAGUCACAAGAUGGUGAUCUUUUUGAAGUGACUCAAUCGGGCGAAAUUGCUCUGACGAAAAAUCUCGACUUCGAAGAACUCUGCGACUUUGCUCCUUGCAAAGUUCUCUCAAAGAUCGCUGUGCUUCCUCAAAAUACUUACGAAACGAUCCAAUUUUCUUUGGAGAUCAAGAAUCGAAACGACUUUGCUCCAGUAUUUCCUCGCACUUUGGCUCAAAUCUCCGUUCCCGAGUCGUAUCCAGUUGGCGCGCGAUUUGAAAUCUCUGAUUUGGCGGCGACGGACGGUGAUUUUCUGGACCAAGAGAAGCUCAAAUACAAAUUGACCCCCGAUGACCUUUUCCGAGUCGAAAUCGAAGGCGAACGUCUCUUUCUAGUGCCAACUCAGCAACUCGAUCGGGAAUCGACCAGCUUUCUCAAAGCGCGGCUCGAAGUCUCCGACCCAGGUGGCAAACGCGAUUCCCUCCAAGUGGAAAUCAAUAUCCUCGAUUCAAAUGACAACACACCAAAGUUUCCUGAGGGAGUCAAAAACCUGGAUAUUCAAGAAAACCUCCCAAUCGGAUCCGAAAUCUUCAAAUUCGAAGCUUACGACGCCGAUGUCGGCGUCAAUUCCGACCUAAAAUACCGCAUCGUCUCCUCCGAUCCGACCGAAGCCAAGAGACUUUUUGAACUCGACUCGCUCACCGGUCGAUUAUUGGUCAAAAAGACAAUUCAUCGACACGACUUUUCAAGCAUCACCUUGAAAAUCACUGCCACUGAUAACGGUCUCCCGCCGCGCUCGUCCGAAACCUCGCUUCACCUAACCGUCCUCGACAAAAAUGACAAUGCUCCAGCUAUCACGCUGACCCCCGUGUUUCCUUCUCUUUCCGACCCAACAGUCGCGAUUGUUGAUGAAAACCAGGAGCCGGGAAAAUUCGUCGCUUGGCUUACUGUAACUGACAACGUUUUUGUGUCAAACUGA